AUGGCCAUAACUAUUCGGGAGGCUCUUGAUCAGCUCGAGGACCGUCGUGUCAAGAAUAUCAGGCCUCUCAUCCCUCCUCAGAUCCUGCAAGAGGACUUGCCGCUUACUCUGCAUGCAGUACAGACAGUGCUCGAGGGCCGAAAGACGGCUGAAAACAUCCUUCGUUCGAACGAUGACAGGCUGCUCGUUGUCGUUGGCCCAUGUUCAGUCCACAAUGUCGAGUCUGCCCUGGAGUAUGCACGCAGACUCCGCGCUUAUGCUGAACAAGCGAAAGAUGAUCUCGCGAUCAUCAUGCGGGUGUACUUCGAGAAGCCUCGCACCACCGUAGGCUGGAAGGGCCUAAUCAACGACCCCGACAUGAACGGGACAUUCCAAAUCAACAAGGGCCUCCGUUUGGCACGCACGUUGCUUCUUGACAUCGCCAAGAUGGGUCUACCGGCAGGCUGCGAAUUCUUGGACACAAUCAGCCCGCAGUACACGGCUGAUCUCGUCUCAUGGGGCGCCAUUGGUGCACGAACGACCGAAUCACAAGUACAUCGCGAAUUGGCUUCCGUUCUUUCCAUGCCUACGGGAUUCAAAAACUCCACCGACGGCAGCGUCGGCAUCGCCAUCGACGCUUGCCGAGCCGCCAGCCGUCCGCACGUUUUCCUGAGUGUGGGUAAGGAGGGUCUCAGCAGUAUUGUCGAGACACAGGGCAACCCAGACGUGCAUGUCAUCCUGCGUGGAGGUUCUAGUGGACCUAAUUACGCCGCCGAGUACGUGCGCGAUUGCGGAGAGAAACUUGCAAAGGCUGGCUUCCCGCAGAGAAUCAUGAUCGACUGCAGUCACGGAAAUAGCUCCAAGCAGCAUAGAAAGCAGAUAGAGGUCGCAGAGAACAUCGCUCAACAGCUAGAAUCCGGAGAUACGUCUUCAAUGAUCAUGGGUGUGAUGAUCGAGUCCAAUCUCUUCGAGGGACGUCAGGAUAUUCCGGUGGCAGGCCCAGCAGGGUUGACGUAUGGCCAGUCUGUAACCGAUGCCUGUCUAUCGUGGGAACAAACUAUCCCUAUCCUUGAACGACUCCGACAAGGCGUUCGGGGUAGGAGAGCUCUUGUCCGGAAUAGAGUCAGGGGUCUCGAUGCCAAUGGCGUCAAGCUCAAUAGCGCGAGUGAAGCUAAUGGCGUCAAGCUCAAUGGCAAGACCGACGAUACCGUCAAAGUAAACGGUACCAACGGUAUGAGCGGCGUGCACGCCUGA